AAUGCUGCGAAAUGCAUCCUUAUUUGUGAAAAUCCAACUUUCGUCUUGCUGUAGACUUAUACCUGGCAGAUAUGCGAUAAUACGUUCCUCAAGUUCCGCCUCUGCCACGCAAAGCGACGAACACUUGAAGCUUGAGUUUCAGGAAGCAUAUCGACGCCAGAGGAAAACAGAAUGGAAAAGGAGACAGAGAGGCCAAACAUUCCUAGACAAUCUCAUCGUCACUAUUCGUGGAGGUAAAGGUGGUGACGGCUGCGUCGCUUUCCACCGCGAAAAAUAUGUACCACAUGGCCCUCCAUCUGGCGGAAAUGGAGGGAGAGGAGGCGAUGUUUACAUUCUUCCGACUCCUGGUCUGACAACUCUCUCGUCCAUCCCGAAGAGAAUCCGAGGAGCGCCAGGAGGAAAUGGAAAGGGUACAUGGAUGAAUGGGAGAAACGGUGAACCUAUGAUGAUUCGCGUUCCUGUUGGAACCGUGGUACAGGAACUCGCAGGCGAAGAUUCUCGUCGGGCGCAGGACGAAUGGGAAGCCGAAGAAGAGGGUUUGCAAAACCUCUCUCCGGCCGAUAAGAUCGCAAAGAUACGGGCCAAACGAUGGGUACAUUAUCCAGGCGCUGAAGAUCAUAAUGUCGAGCGAGACGCCUUUCAUGCUGCAGAGCGAGAACUGUAUCGACAAGAACGUGAUCGACGAAUACUGCGGCGACAGCAGCAGACAUCCCCACUUUACCUUGAUUUGGACGCACCUGUUACAUCUUCGUCGAAAUCAGUUUCAUCUGGUUUGGAAAUCGGCCAUCAGCCAAUAGAAGGCUUAGGCUAUCUUAUUGCAUCUGGCGGUGAAGGUGGUCUAGGCAACCCUGCGUUCCUGACUACCGAGAACCGUUCUCCUAAAUUCGCCACACGUGGGACUGAAGGUCAACGAAUUACGCUCUCUCUCGAGCUCAAGAUUGUUGCAGACAUUGGUCUGGUCGGUUAUCCAAAUGCCGGGAAAAGUACAUUGUUACGCGCUCUGACCGGUGGACGUGCAAAAACGGAAGUCGCAGGCUAUGCGUUCACAACUCUUAAUCCUUCCGUUGCGGUGGUACGCAUUGAUGCAGAGGGAAACAUCCUUGGCGCGGAGAAUAAGGAUUUGGUCGUUGAUGAGACGAGGUUCGAAGAACAGCGCUUCAAAGAGCAAAUGGAACGCGGUGAACUCGCCAACGUCGUCACACGAAAUCAAUUACGGUCUGAUCCCGUCGACAUAAAUGAAGACUUCCGCUUCACCGUUGCGGAUAAUCCAGGCCUCAUCUCACAUGCAUCUGAAAACGUUGGUUUGGGGCACUCGUUUCUUCGAUCUAUUGAGCGUUCCCUUGCCCUUGUCUAUGUCGUCGACUUCUCCGGUCCGAGUCCAGAACGAGAACUUCUAGUCCUACGCGAUGAACUGGAGACGUACCUACCAGGUCUAAGUGCAAAAGCACGUCUUGUCAUUGCCAACAAAGCUGACCUGUUAGGUUCUGGGGAUAGCUCGAGUGUAGCGGAGGCGAAGGGAAAAUUCAAGAGGCUCGAGGCCUUCGUUAAUUCGGAGAUGUGUCUUCGACCAGGGAAUGGACAGCAGAUACGCGGGUUAGACGUAGUUCCGAUUUCUGCUAAGUAUAGUCAGAAUUUGCGAAGAGUAUUGCUUCUGCUACGGAAGUACGUUGAAGAAGCGAAGCAGUGACAUCUGUUAUAACCUGUAAGGGGACAUUUAUGCGCAUCAAUUCAGUCAUGUGUUAGUGGAAUUGUGUGGGGCAAUUUGAGAUUUCAG